GCAGAGCUUCUUUCUCCUUGGCGUUAUCGCGUUAGGUUGUGGCUUGUGACCCUUGCUGUGGGAUGGACGGCAGAUGGGUGUCUCCUGAUGCUCCCCUUUCAGGCUUGCUCUCUGUCGUGCUGUAGUCGCUAACGCUGUGCUUACAGAGCGAAGCUGUGUGGCUAUGAGCUCCUGUGAGAUCUGUUGUCAUAGAAUCACAGAAUGAACUGGAUUGGAAAGGACCUUAAAGCCUGUCUGGUUCCAGUCCUCCGUGCUGCAGUGGUCUCAGCAGGUUAUCAAGAGUACCUUCUUACAGAAUAGCAAAUUGUGAUUCUUCAUGGAGCGUGCAGUGGAUUUUUCUCUGAAGCUGUGGGCCGACACCAUAAAGUAGCAGGCAUUACUUUCAGAGCAGCGUUCAUAUUGUGGUUGGUUGAUGAGAUAAUGGCAGGAAAAGUGAAGUGGGUAACUGACAUAGAAAAAUCAGUUCUAAUAAACAACUUUGAAAAAAGAGGCUGGAUUCAGGUGGCAGAAAAUGAGGACUGGAAUUUUUAUUGGAUGAGUGUACAAACAAUCAGAAAUGUUUUCAGUGUGGAAACUGGUUACCGCCUUUCUGAUGACCAAAUUGUCAACCAUUUCCCCAAUCACUACGAACUGACCAGAAAAGAUUUGAUGGUAAAGAACAUCAAACGGUAUAGGAAAGAACUUGAGAAGGAAGGAAGUCCUCUUGCAGAAAAGGAUGAAAAUGGAAAAUAUAUUUAUUUGGAUUUUGUUCCAGUAACUUUUAUGCUUCCUGCUGAUUAUAAUCUCUUCGUUGAAGAAUUCAGAAAGAAUCCUUCCAGCACUUGGAUUAUGAAACCUUGUGGUAAAGCUCAGGGAAAAGGAAUAUUUCUAAUCAAUAAACUGUCUCAAAUUAAAAAAUGGUCUCGAGAUAGCAAAACAUCCUCGUUUGUAUCUCAGUCUUCCAAGGAAGCCUAUGUGAUUUCUCUCUAUAUCAACAAUCCAUUACUGAUUGGGGGAAAGAAAUUUGACCUUCGUCUGUAUGUUUUGGUAUCUACGUAUCGCCCACUGAGAUGUUACAUGUAUAAACUUGGAUUUUGCCGAUUUUGCACAGUAAAAUAUACACCAAGUACGAGUGAACUGGAUAACAUGUUUGUACAUCUUACAAAUGUUGCCAUUCAGAAACAUGGGGAUGAUUACAAUCAUAUCCAUGGAGGCAAGUGGACAGUGAGUAACUUGCGCCUGUAUCUGGAAAGCACCCGUGGAAAGGAAGUUACAAACAAGUUAUUUGAUGAGAUUCACUGGAUAAUCGUGCAGUCACUGAAGGCUGUUGCGCCUGUAAUGAACAAUGAUAAACAUUGCUUUGAGUGCUAUGGAUAUGACAUUAUCAUUGAUGACAAGCUUAAGCCGUGGCUAAUUGAGGUUAAUGCUUCCCCUUCUCUUACUUCCAGUACUGCUAAUGAUCGCAUCUUGAAGUAUAACCUCAUUAAUGACACACUGAACAUUGCUGUGCCUAAUGGGGAAAUUCCAGACUGUAAAUGGAAUAAAUCUCCACCUAAAGAGGUUCUUGGCAAUUAUGAAGUCUUAUAUGAUGAAGAGAUGGCGCAAAGUGAUGGUUCUGAUCGUGACUUGCGAAGUCGUUCUGGGCAAUCCACUGGAACAAAAGGAAAUCGUGGGAGAGAUUCAGGAAAGCCUGUACUGACCACCUGGAAAUAAUGAUUAAGCAGAACAGCUGCUGAGUUGGUAGGACAGCAUCAUGAAAAAAUGAGUUCAUGAACAGAUUUCUCUAUUUCGCCAUGUUGUGUGAGGGAAGCAAUCAAAGAAAACAAUACAGCCUUUGAAAAUAAGUGAAAUGAGCACUCCUAAACCUGGAUCUUUAUAAUACAUGCACUGACUUGCCAAUUAUACACAUGCAUGUAUAUGUAUUUAAAAAGCAUAAUAUAUGUAAUUAAUUUAAUGCAAGAAUAUUUAAGCUUGUAGUUCUCUGAAAGCAACAAAUUCUACAUUUUUAGAAGCAUCUCUGUUCAGACGUUGGAGAAGCCAGUAAUUAUUAUGAGGUUUCUUUAUAAAGAUGACGUUUAAGAAUACAUGUUCUGAUAUACGGAGCAACGAGUGUUCUGUAAUUUAUUUUCUCAAGUAGCUUAUCUCUACAUUCCUGUAAUAAAAGAGAUACAGAUAAUGGGAAAGAGUAGCAGUGGUGAGCGUCAGUAUUGUCACAAUGGUGGUUCAGCUGCUUGCUAGGAAAAAAAAAUGUAACAAGAGAAAAAACAGCAGUGUAUGGAGUUGAGACUAUUGUCAAUUAAAGUGGCUACAGAUUUAUGACCAGUCUUAGGUACUUGAAAAGUAAAUCUUUACAUGCAGGGCUUUUUGUUUGUUUGUUUGCUUUGUUUUUGUUUUUUUGUUUGCUUGUUUUUUUGUUUGUUUUUUUUGUUUUGCCUUUAGAUAUUUUGGAGCUGAUAAUUCUUUAAAAGUAGAAAGUUUCAUGUAAACAAGGAAUGUUUCAGGUAGUAUGUUGAUGUAUUAUUGGGCUAGCCAUUAGUUUUUACUGCAAGGUAAUUUGUCUUUGGAAAAUCAGGCAGAACAUCUAUAACUGUAAUAAAUCUCAUUGCUUGAGAAUGGCUGUAAAUUGACUGACUGUAAAUCUUUACUUGCACUAGAAUUUCUUCAUGUAAGUACUUCUGUGUCUUUUUGUGUAUUUUGUAUGUACUACCACAAAAAUAUUGUUGCAUGCGAUAAACUAUUUCUAGCUCUGAUUUCAAAAGUUGUGAUGAUUAGAUACUGAAACGUAUAGAGCAAAAAUAGGUAUUUUGGUCUUCUAACAGCAUAGUAUAUAAACUAACCAGCUGGGUCCAUCAGUGGCUACCUUCACUCACAUUUCCACCAGUUGUUGAGCUGUUACUUAUAAUAAUGUCUCGAUGUGCAGCUCUGAUAAUCUUUUUUCAUCAUUAUUCCUCUCUCCUCACUCCCCUUCCCCUUUAUUUUUUUUUUCUUUGAUUAUGAAGUGUUAUGGAGAGGAAUGCAAAAGGAGGCUUAAAGUUACAAAUAUUCAUGCACCUGUAAUAAACUCUAAUCUGGAUAUCACUAAUGCAGCAAUACUCAAUUUCUGUCUGUCACAGCAGGCUAAGUACUUUUCACCUUUCUGUGUGGCAGGGCUGUAUAAGUGCGUACAUUUUAAACUUAGCCUCUCCCGAUGCCCUUAGACAUGAUCUGGGAUUCAUCCUUGCAAAAAAGAAUGAAAUACAUGGACUGAGUUGGUCACUCCGAGUGCAAUUUUCAUCUUCAUUAAUCUUGGCUGUUUCUUUGAAAUAAAGACCAAAAUACAGCUGAUUGUCUGGUCAUUAGACUUAAUGAAUCUUCUCACUGGCCUUUACAAAAGCAUAUUCAAUUUGGCUCGUGAAGUAAGUUAAUAUUAUUGCAUGGCAGUGAAGCUCUUCUAAAUCCCAGGUCUCAUAGCUGUUAGGUUUGGUGUGUUUUAAUUCUUUUUUAGUUCUUGAGCCUGAGUUUUGCUUCAGUACUUGAACCUCAACAGGUAGGCCACUCGUAAGUAGAUGUACAGUCAGAUAUUAUGUGUUGUGUUAAUGACAGGAUACUCAGACAGACAUUUCCUGCUUUUGCCCAAAUUGGCUGUUACUACAAAGUAUGUAACAAGUUGACAACCUUAGGAAAUAAUAGGCUGUAAUAUUCUGUAGUAUGGUAGUAUUUUUACAGGUAAUGCAACAGGGGUGCUCGAAUAGAAGGAAAACAGCUUUCUCUCACUUCAAUUUCCACUGCUUUUAACUCCUUUCUCUAGUAGCCUGUGCAAAGUAUGUUACUGUGGUCUUGUUAUAACAGUAGUGCUUGCAAUUGAGGCUACAAUAGAAUGAUUACUCUUCCCCUUUAUCUUUUUCCUGUUUGUGCAGCCUACACUAGUGGGGCUCUAUACGGAAGAGGUAUAUUGAGAAAUGCUGAUUCUGCUGAAAAAGUCAACUGUACUAUAGCUUUUUAAGUGUGCAGAAGCAUUACAUACUAGGCCAGCUGCAGGACUUGCAGUCUGCCUUUUGGGAAAGCUUAGCAUGAAGGUAAGAACAAGUCCAGGUUAUUAGCAGCUAUUGGUGUAGGCGGCUUUAGAGAACUGUGUACUUAGUUGUGAUUUCACAGUGAACCAAAACUGGUUAUAAUUUCAAAAUAAUGUUGUUCUUCCAAACUCAUGUGUACGUGGUACUCUGUUGGCAGCAGUGUCUUUGCAGCUAGCUGAUGAGUUGAAUCAUGGCCUCGAGAACAGACACUGGCAAGACAUACCGAAUAGGAACGGCAAUACUUAAUAUUUUACUGAUAUUGAAUAUUUUCAUUUGAUUGAUAGGAGGUUUCUAAUGGCUUGGAAAGGACCCACUCAUUUGAGCUUGCAUUUUCAUUAAUCAGUAUAAUAAUGCAUCCCUUCCAGUCCUGACUUCAGAACAAUCAUUAUCAUAUUAAAUCAAAGUCUUACUAUUGCUUUCAGAAAAUAUGGAUUUCUAUCUCAUUUCUAUUUCAUUCACACAUUUCAAGAGCGGUAUUUUAUACAGACAAUAUUUUUGUAGCAGAGCUAUCAAUUUGGAACAGGCAAAUGCUUCUCUCUGACCACGUGUAGUAGUGGGAAAGCAAAUUUCAAACACUGUAUGUGAGGAUGAAAUGUCUGUUAGAUAUUUCAAGGAUUAUCAUCACUACCUCGGUAUUAAAACAAUAAUACUACUAAUCGUAGCGGGAAAAAAACACUUCUGGUACUUUCACUAUGUAGUAAUAAAAAACUAGAAUUUAGAUGUCAAAUGUUGAUACAGUAUUUUACACAGUUGUAUCUUUAACCAGUGUUGGUAAUUUAUAUUGCAGACACAAACAUGGUUUUGUAAUGCAGCGUUCUUUAAAGAGCAAGAAGUCAAAGAGGCUGCAGCCGUAGUGACCCUCUCUUCCUGAUCUCACCCCAUUCUCUUUUUAAACACAAUGCACUAGUGAUUAGAAAUAGCAGGCUCUUUUCCAACAGGCUUUUUGUAGAGGUUGAAGUUCAAAGGCUUAACUAUGUUAUCACUUUUAAUACAUUGAAAAAACUGGGUAUGCAAAAGAAGUAGUAGGGAACAAAACUGAAAUGACGUUAAAUAGAUGAUUAAUAGUGCCUUUCUCAUUAUCAGUUACAAGCGAGCAAAAAAACAACUGGAAGCAAGCUGCAAGUCUUCCUUUUCUAUAAAGAACUUGAAGCCUCCUCCUAUAGAUAAGUAGAAUGUUCUUGUGAAAAUAAAAAGUAGGAAGCUGCAUUGUUAUGUAAUAUCUAUUUUCCUCCAAACUUUUGGUUGAAAAAUACGUUGCUUCUUCACUGGAAUUUGAGUAAGGAAAGAACUGUGUUCUGUGGUAGCUGAGAGUUUGCUCUGUACAUGAAACAACUUGUCUGCAGGCUGCGAGACAGGGGGAUGAGAAGGAAACAAAAGCAGUCAUAGCUUUCUGGGAGAGAAGGGUAGUAUGUGAACGCCGUCCCACGAGAUGUUUGUGCGUGGCCUAAAAAGGUAAAGGUGAAACUUUCCUUUUGGUGAGGAGGAGAAACCAGGAAGGAAAAUUUUAUCUCAUGUUCAAGAUUUUAUCACUGCAUUUUUCUCUCCAGUGCUCCUUUAACUAAAUCCACUGCUGUAGCAGGGUGGAAAUAGUGCUACAAAGUGAUGUGUAAACUGAUAACAGCCUAUGUGUAGCAUCUAUCAGUUGGAACUGAGGUCAUUAGUCAGAUGUGUAAGCAGUAUGUAGGAUGUCUACUAUAGGAUUUGAAGGGAGUUAAGUAAAGGUGUGAUGUUAACGUGUGUGUUACGAGAUAUUAAAUACUGUGUGGAUACCUUCAUGUGAAUAUAAGGAGCCUAAAUUUCCAAAGGAGAAAAGGCUGUUUUACCUCUAUUUGCUAGGGGUUAAAUGGGUUUAAUGGGUUCUGAGCAACUGACUUUGGCCCUAGGCCAAUCAUACUCAUACAUUUGACUUUAGGAUAAAGAAAUUGUUUUGAGUCUCAUUGGGGCAAAAUAAAUGAGAAAUAGAAAUCCUCCGAAGUUCUCACUUUGCCUAAUGUACUAACUGGCUGGGCAAAGCUACAAUAAAUGUGCUUCUAAGUCUUGCAGUUCAUAUGCUUAAGUGAUCUGUGGUAUAACGGCAGUAUUGUAUGAAGAAUUAAAUAGACCAGCUCUAAACAGCAAUGGGAGUUGUUAUAAUGACAUCAGUGCAGAAGGAGCUUAUUGCUGGAAUUGAAUACUGGGGCUUGCUUCCCGGGCACUAACCUUUCUCCCUAUUAAUUCUUUGACAUGGAUGGCAUUAAUAAGAUUCCCACAGAAUAGCUUCUUUAUGCAGCUUUAGGAACUUAACUAGAAUAGAAGAAACAGUAUUAUCCCUAAAGCUAUUUUGUUGCUGUUGGCUUUACAAUAGAGCUUCAGCCUAAAAUGCCCCUGUCCGGAUUCACUUCCUGCUGUAAAUGCAGCAAAACAAUAGACGUUUCACAGAAGAUAUAUAGCGCUGCACUUCAGCAGGAGAAUGUGUCAGGCAGAGCUCAUUUAUCUGUCAUCAAGGAAGGAGCUUUAUUCUGUCAGGAUAAACCGAUGCUGUGUCCAAAGUACUUACUGUUCAGUUUAUGUAUGUGGAACUAUAACCAGAAGGUAACUUUCGUCUUGUGCCUGCCUUAUUAAAACAGCUCACUCAAUCCCUCGGUUCAGUGGGAAGCACGCUGUGCCAUCUGGUAUGUGGGUACCACAAUAUAACACUACUGUCCAUAGCUAGCUAUGCUAACCUCUAGGGUUCCUUCACAAAUAAAUAACUUUAUUCCUGGAUUUCUUGCAGAAAAUAAAUGUGUAGAGCUGAGAAAAGCUGAUUUUAGUCAUAAAUUUGGUAAAAUUUUUGAUUAUUAAGAGGAAGUAGGAAGAUAUAUGGCUGUCUUGGAAAGACUGUUUGUUUUUACUGAAUAGUAGGAAGUUGCUUGUGCUACACUUUUGGCUGUUGUAUUUUUUAUUAUUAUUAUAUAAUAUUUUCUAAAAAUACUCUUUAAAAUGUGCUGUCAGAGCAUAGGUGAGCUUCAAGAAACUCACCAUACCUGGAGUAGUCCACAGCCAGAUCAUUUCCAAUUGUUUUGAUGACACAGUGGUAUCCCUAUCAUUGAUGUUGUCCUCUAUGCUUUUAAUUAACCACAAAUUUUGUACCUCCUGAAAAGCACAUCACUCACACUUGAGAUAAUCAUUGGCAACUGUUGUGAAAUAGAAAAGUUAGGACAGUAUGAAGCUGCUUGAAGACAUGAAUGUGGAAGACAAGGAGAUAAUAAAGGAUGCUUCAAACGAGCAUCUCUUCUGUGAGAUGAAUCGUAUUUGAUGAAAGUUGUGCAGUUGAGCAGUAAAAUUAAUUAAUUGAGUGGAAUUAAUUGUAAUAUUCUGAAAUUCCGUGACAUUGAUAGGCAUAUAUAACCACUAAUGGGAGUACAUUUGGAAUCAAAAUAUGGUUCAGGGCUUAAUUUAGGUCUUUAAACUGUAAACAUGUAACACUUGGGAUUUUUUUUAACUAGAGAUAAAAAUGCUGAAGAGAAUGCAAAAAUGUUACAGCAAGAGCCAAGAAAGAACAAUCGAAUUUGCUCUGAGGGAAUCUCAGAGAAAAUGCUAGUGCUUAAAAGGAUAUGUGAAAUUUCUGAGGACAGCGGAGGACACAAAAAGUGUAUUUAAAAAUAGAUUGUGUUAAAAAUAAAAAUAACCAUGGGAUACUCAUCUAAAAGGAGGCAGGGUUAUUUAUUUAUCUAUCUGUCUAUUUAUUUAUUUAUGUACUUAUUUAUUUUCAGAAAACUUCCUGUCCUGCCUCUUGCAGUCCAAACUGCAUGCCCACCAGUAGGGCUAUGUAAACUGUCAGCCUUUCUUCUAAGAUAAAGGGUGGAGACAGUCUUUCUCAGGAAGUUACAAACUGAAAGCAUCCAAAGAACAACUUAAUUUCAAUAUUUAUGGGGGAGAAAAAAAAAAACCUAAUCUGAAAAUGCUAAAAUCAAGAUGAAUAAUAUCAUGUUAGAAGUAUGAUUCAUGGUAUCAUUGUGUAAUUUAUGGCAUCAUCAUAGUGUCAUCGUGCUGGGAGGUUGCAUGACUGGUGGUAGAUAUAAUUAGACCGUUAAUCUGUUUUAAUUCACUUCAAAGAAGUAAAUAAUGUUUGACUACCCAUGAAGACAACAUGUAAAUUAUAAAUUGAAAAAAUAGUAGUUCAUCAACCACUGAGGUAUUUUCCUCCAAGCAGUUUUUUAAGUGAAUGUAUGCAGUGCAUGUGGCCUCGAGCCUAUAUAUAUGUAUGUAUACAUGCAUUAAACUGUACUACCAUCAGAAAUGGAUCAAAUGGAGCAGCAACGUGUGUAUUGACUGUAGUGCAGACAAUUUCUGCUUUCAGAUAUGGAGGUAAUUUACAAGAAGAUCAAUAGCAUUGAUCCAAAAUGUACACUGUGACAACUUUGAUAAUAUUUUGUUAAUUGUUUCAAAUGAUAGGCUUGAAAAACGGGUAAUAAUUUUACAGUUAAAAAAUGUAUUCUUAAAGUUGUCAUUGUUGUUAUUGUCUUAUUUGGUUCCAAAAGUGUCCAAGCCAUUUUUUCAACUGAGUGUAAAAAGCAUGGGAAAUGUUUUGUAUCCAGAGGACAGUAUUCAGCUGCUUGAAAAUGGUAUUCCCUAAAGUGGUGCCUCAAGGAUCCCUCAAAUCUUAAACGUUCAAGCAAAUGAUCUUUUGGUGAAUAUUCUUUUUCUAAUUAAUCUGCUUUUACUUUUUGUCUUUAAAACAAUUUUAUAUAAUUUGUAAAGAUGCUUAAGUGAAAAGUUGGAAAAUACGAUUGUUAUUUCUCAAGCUGUAUUAAAGUCUGAAUCCUGCUAGUGAA